AUGAAAAUAAGAGAAUCAAAUGAUAACUCAGAAAAAUUGCUAUCAAAAUUACAAUAUAAUUAAGUUUCCUUCUAAUUACCAAAGGAAGUACAAGAGGAAGCAACAAUCAAAUAGAUAUUAUCGUAUAACAGUCCAGUCUAUAAAAAAUUACUUUAUUAUUCAUUUUGCAUUUUGACUUGUAUAUUAUUUAGUUAAAAAGCUUAGGUGGUAUUGGAUAUUUAUUUGCCAGAUGGAAUUUAUCAUUAAAACUAGCUAUGUUAUAUAGUCAAUGUAUUAACAUUGAUUAAGCAACUCAUCUAGUUAUAACUUCAUUAGAGAAUGAAAAAGAACUAAUAAAGAUUGGAUUAAAGAAAAUGUGUGUGAAUAAGAAUGAAAAGUAAAGUAAGGUAAUAAUAUAAUAUAUAUGUAUAUAUAGUCAUUUGAUUAUCGUUUGUAUACAUAUUUUUACGAAGAUGAAUGCUUUAAAGCAAUAGAAACACCAUUUUAAUCAUUAACCCAUGAAGAAAUUAUAUAAAAUUAUUGUCGAGGAGUAGAAUCUCCCGAUGAAAUAGCUACGUAAUUUGGAUAUAAUAAUACAACGAUUCCUGAUAAAAGUACAGGGAAAAUCUUGAUAGAUGAAAUUUUAACUCCAUUUUACUUGUUUCAAAUAUUUAGUGUGGGUUUAUGGAGUAUAGAAGAAUAUUAUGAAUAUGCAGUAGUUAUAUUUUUGACAUCAGUAAUUUCAAUAUUAGUGUAAUUAAGAGAAACAAAACAGAAUUUUUAGAAGCUUAGGAAGAUGACUUCAUAAGAUUCAGUUGAACAUAUUUUUAGAGGAUAAAAUAAUAUAAAAAUAUAGAAUAAGAAUAUUAUAGUAGAUAAUUCAGUAAUGAAUAACAGAUAGAAAUUAAGUUCAAAAGCAAUAUUACCAGGAGAUUUGAUAGAAGUGAGAGAUGAUUGGACAGUACCUUGUGAUUGUAUUUUAUUAAAUGGUUCUUGUAUAAUAAAUGAAUCAAUGUUGACAGGAGAAUCAAUACCAAUAAUAAAAAACCCAAUUUAAUUGAAUAAAUUUAUUUAUUCUCCAAAUGAUGAUUCUAAAUCAAUAACUUUAUUUGCUGGAACAAAAUGUUUAGAAUGUAGACAUCCAGAGAAAGGGUAAGUACCAAUUUUAGCAUUAGCAGUAUAGACAGGAUUUUAAACUAUAAAAGGAUAAUUGGUUAGAUCAAUUUUAUAUCCUAAGCCAACUACAUUUUCAUUUUAUAAAGAUUCAUUAUCAUUUAUAGCAGUUUUGGCAAUGAUGUCUUUUGUAGGUUUUUCUUUGACAAUAAAAGAUUAAAUAGAUGAAUUAAAAGAGGAUAAUACAACAAUAUUUUAAAUGAUUAUAAAUUCUUUAGAUUUAAUUACAAUUACAGUACCUCCAGCUUUACCCACAUGUUUAUCAAUCGGUGUAUCAUUUGCAUUAUCAAGAUUAUCAAAGAAAUCAAUUUAUUGUAUAUCUCCUAAUAAAGUGAAUGUAGCAGGGAAAAUAACAAUAAUGUGUUUUGAUAAAACAGGAACAUUAACUGAAGAUGGUCUUGAUCUCUAUGGAGUGAGAUCAAUAGGAUAUAAUCAUAGUAAAUAUUUAAAAUUUAUAAUAUAGAGAAAUCAAAGAUAUGCUUUUAGGAUUUAAUAAUUAAUGUUAAAGAGGAAUUAUAAACACCAAAUGUUAUGUAUUCAAUGAAUUUAGGAUAGAAUAUAUAUGGAUAGACUUAAUUAUAACCAACUUAAUUAAUAUUAGAAAUUAUGGCUUCAUGUCAUGGAUUGGCUAAAGUAAAUAAUAAUUUGAUAGGUGAUCCUUUAGAAGUCAAAAUGUUUGAAGCCACUAAUUUUGAAUUAGAUGAUUUACAUAAUGAAGUAUUUAAAGAUGAUGAUAGAAUUUAAAUUUUAAAAAGAUUUGAUUUUUCAUCAACUCUAUAAAGAAUGAGUGUAAUUGUAUCAAGAAAUAAUAAAUUGAGAGUACAUGUAAAAGGAUCUCCUGAAAAAUUAAGAGAAUUAUGUAAUCCAGUAACUGUACCAAGAAGUUUUCAUAAGAUACUUGAACAUUAUUCAAAAAUGGGUUUUAGAGUAUUAGCAUGUGGAUCAAAAAUGAUAGAAAAUGAAUGUAGCCGGGAUAAAGCAGAAUGUAAUUUAACAUUCUUAGGUUUCUUAAUAAUGUAGAAUAAAUUAAAACCUGUGACUAGAAAUAUUAUAUAAACAUUGUAAGAUGCAAUGAUUAGAACAGUUAUGGUUACAGGUGAUAAUGUUUUGACUGCUAUUUCAGUUGCUCGACAAUGUAAUCUUGUUUAACCAAAUUAACGUAUAUUUUUGGGAGAUAUUGCAGAAGAAAAAUUAGAUGGAAAAAAUCAUAUUACUUGGAAAGAUUUUGAUAUGAGUGAUAAAGUAUUAAAUCCAGAAAAUUUAUCUCCAGAAUUAGAUAUUAAAGAUGAUUCUGGAGAUGAAUUUGAAACACCCGAGUUAUUUGGUUAAUAAGAAAAACAAUAUGAAUAAUAAUAAUUAGAAAUAGUCAUUGAAGAAAAUGAUAAAAUAGCUGGAUCUUAAAGUUAUGAGAAUAGAAAAACAAUGAAUUUAAAAAAAAGCAAAUAUUAAAGUUAUAAAGAAUAAGAAGAAUAAUUAAAGGCAGAAAACCUUGAUCAUCUAAUUGAUGAUUAAGAUCCAUGGAAAACAGAUUAACCAUUUGUAGUUGCAAUAUCUGGAAAAGCAUUUUAAUUGCUUUUAAAUCAAAUUGACACAAAUCCGAAAGCAAGAAGAUUGUUUGGUUUAAUGUUAGAAAAAGCUUAAAUCUUUGCUAGAAUGAAACCUGAAUAAAAAGCUUAACUAAUAACUCAUUUAUAGAAAAUCAGUAGAAAAGCUCUAUGUGGUAUGUGUGGAGAUGGAGCAAAUGAUUGUGGAGCUUUAAAGGCAGCAGAUAUUGGAAUCUCAUUAUCUGAUGCAGAGGCAUCAAUAGCUGCUCCAUUUACUUCUAAAAUUUAAAAUAUUUCUUGUGUUGUAAAAUUAUUAAGAGAAGGGAGAGCAUCAUUAGUUACUAGUUUCUAAUGUUUUAAGUAUAUGGCUUUGUAUAGUAUGAUUUAAUUUUGUACUGUAACUUUGCUUUAUUUCACACUUUCAAAUAUGUCAUCAUUAGAAUACUUUUAUAUAGAUUUAUUUAUCAUUAUACCUUUAGCAGGUACGAUGGGAUAAACUAAAGCAUACAAAAAGCUUACUCAAUUUCAACCAGGAUCAAACUUAAUUUCUUUUCCAGUUUUAUUAUCAGUAAUUGGGUAAACCCUAAUAUAAAUUGGAUUUUAAACUUUUGUUUACUUUUUUAUGAAGAAUUAAUCUUGGUAUAGAUCUGGAGUUGAUAUCCAUAAAGAUAUUGGAGAUAUUGAUGAUCAUCUUGCAAUGGAAUCAUGUUAUGAAAACACUGUACUAUUUUUAUUUGCUAAUUUCCAAUAUGUAUUUCAAUGUGUUGCUUUUUCAAUUGGUAAACCAUUCAGAAGAGAAUUUUACACUAAUAUUUAUUUUACUAUAUGGAUUACUAUAGCAAUGAUCUUUAAUUCAUACAUUCUCUUAUUACAAAAAAGUGGAUUUCAAGAUAUAUUUGGAGUAAAUAUUAUUAUUUAUUUUUUAGUUUAUGUUUGACUAUGAAUCUGAAACAAAUAGUAAUCUAAACUCUGCAAUUGAUGAAGAAUGGAUGUUUUGGCUAUUUGGAAUAAUGUUUAUAAAUCUGAUUACAACAAUAAUAUUUGAGAAAUACAUAGUACCUUUCACAACCAGAUUUUAUAGGGGUAAAAAAAGAAAACUGUUAAAGAGAUACAAAUAUUCUGAAAAUCCAUACCUAAAUGAUCAAUUAAAGUAGAAAUGAU